AUGAAUGAUACGCUGACAUUAGGACGUGAAGAGAUGCUUUCUAAACUUGCGGAUGCUGACGAUGACUUUGCAACUUGGCUCCUUUCUGAAUCAUCAUCGAAUAAUUCAAAUUCUAAUGCUAUUAUCAAUGGUUGUUUACGAAAAAACACUUUGUCAUUGAAUAUUGUACCAGUAGUCUGUGGCUCUGCGCUGAGGUGUACUGAAAGUGUGCGGCCAGUGUUGAACCUAGUUGCUAGGUUUUUUCCAGCUCCUGUUCAGCGAAACAAUUUGAUUAGAAAGGUGUUCGAGGAUGAGCUUAGCGCACUGGUUUUCAAGAUCAAUCACGACAAACGUCAUGGGCAAAAUUGCUAUGUACGGAUAUACACGGGGACGUUAAAAAACGGUAGCUCGUUGUACAAUGCAUCUCGUGAUAAAGUGGAAGAUCGUGUAACCACUUUUUUCCCCUACAGUGAUGUACUAAAACCAGUUGAUUUUGUACAGGCUGGUGAAAUUGCAGUAGUUUCUGGUCUUCACUCAACAGUUACAGGCGACACUUUGUUGCAAAGUGAAAGUUCGUUUAAGAGAGCAAAACAACGAUUGAAGAAAUCUGUCGAGGAAAAUGUUGCAAGCAGUGUUACCAACGCCUUCUUUCAGAAUUUUGAGAUGGAUGAUCCCGACAAAUCAGUUCUUCUGGCAGGAAUUCGAACCCCUGACCCAGUAUUCUUUUGUUCCAUUGAACCGCCCGAUUCUAUUAGCCGGCAAUCAUUUGAAAAGGCUUUACGCGAAAUAACCAUUGAGGACCCAUCAGUUCGUGUUAGACUGGAUAAUGAUACGCUACAGACUGUUAUUGAAGCUAUGGGUGAAUUACAUAUUGAAAUAGUUAAGGACCGGCUGUACAGGGAUUAUGGUUUGAAAGUUUUUAUGGGACCGCUUCAGGUUGCUUAUCGUGAAAUUUUUGAUGGAAAUAUUGCACAUUCAGCUACAGCCAGUUCUGUUGUAGGCGAAAGGAAAAUGAAACAUGAAUGUUCGGUUACGCUUGAAAUAUUUUCUGACCAAAAAGCAAGGCCGUUUGAAAAGGUAGAACUGCAAUUACAAGAAAGGGAUUCUUUCUUAAGACCUGAAUGGAUAAAAGCUGUGAAUGAAGGCUGUGCUAACGCACUUUUAAGUGGUCCCGUUCUUGGUUUUCCAGUGAUGGGUGUUAAAAUUGCUUUAAAAUUACUUAACGUUAGUGGUGGUCGUAUUUUACCUUCUAUAAUAUCGGCCAGUGCCUGUAAAUGUGUUAGGGAAGCGCUUUCCAAAGUGACUAUGCAUUUGAUUGAACCAGUGAUGGAAGCAGAGGUAGAAUUGACUGGCUCUGAAAGGCAAAAUUGUUUUAACGCUGUAAUACAAGAAAUAACAUCUAGACGUGGCAUUAUUCUUAAAAUGGUUGGAAAGAAGGAUCAAAAUCACAACUUAUGCAUUUUUUCAAGAAUACCUGUAGCAGAAACAUUGGGAUUUUCUAAUGCUCUGCGAAGCCUUACCUCCGGUUUGGGCACUCUUCAUAUGCGCGUCGCAGGGUAUGUGGAUGUACCUCCAGAGCAGCAGAAUGUAAUUGUGCAGAAGGUCAAACGUGCUUGGAUUCGAAGUUCUAUUAUAUAA